CGUGACUCGGCACUCACCAUCGUCUAUCUGUCCGAUGUCCCGCCUUCAUCCAAGUCCGGCGCACUGGCGAAGAGCGCUUGGAAUACCCGAGGAUGGACUGUCCCGGAAUUCCUUGCUCCUAAAGUCAUUCGCUUCUAUCAACAGGAUUGGACCCUAUAUCUUGAUGUCCGCUCCCCUAAUCACAAGGAUUCCCUAUCGAUCAUGCGGGAGUUGGGAAACGCGACAGGCAUUGAUGCAGGGGCCCUUGUGGACUUCCAGCCGGGCAUGACAGGUGCCCGAGAGAAACUGCAAUGGGCAUCGAAGCGUGUCACUACGCGGCAGGAAGACAUUGCAUACUCGUUGUUCGGCAUCUUCGGCGUCCAGUUACCUAUAUUUUAUGGCGAGAAGAAGCAAAAGGCGCUCGGGCGGCUCUUGCAGGAGAUCGUGGCUCAGUCGGGCGAUAUUACUGCUCUGAACUGGGUCGGAAAAUCCUCCGAGUUCAACAGCUGUCUACCAGCGGACAUUUUCUCAUACCAAGCUCCGCCAUACGUACCUCCAUCUCUGUCCGAAGAUAACAUUCGGAGAUUGGUCUCGUCACUGCGAAAUGCCGUGGCCGUGGAGUCAGCUUCAAAUCUUUAUUCCCUGUUUAAGAACAUGAACCCUCCUCGUUUUGCGAGCCGCAGACUCCAGCUGCCUUGCAUGGUAUUCCGUGUGACUGAGGUCAGACGGACACCUGGUCAAGUCCAGGGGGCAUGCUUCACAUAUGAAGUCGAGGCAGACGGACUUCUUGACCUGGUGGUCACCACGGAAAAUGAGCUCAUUGAGUUCUCGCGGGCAAGGCCCAUUCGGCAGACAUUCGUGCUCGUCCGCCCGUGGGAUCGUUGUCUCCUCGAGCUGCCUGAGCCGUUUGGACUUGAUUCGGAGUCCCACUCACGAGAGUUUCGAUUGAUGGUCCACCUUAGACAGCCUUUCGGCGCAUUGUUGCUGGCAGAGCAGCGUCGCGGAGAAUAUAAGAGAAUCGCAUCGGAUUACGAUAUCAUUGCACAAGUCAGAGACAUGGCUAGUAUUGACGACAUGAUGGACGUUAGGCGACUAGAGAUUUUGUAGUUGUAUCAUAUAGGCAUGGAGGAUAGAUAUCUGUUGUGUCAUUUUCAUCUGUACCCUGAUAGUACUUAAAUCUUUAAGACUGGUGCACGCCGUAUCUCAGUCAGGCAUCGAGCCUUCUCUUUCUUCAGUGUCUUCUUAGGGUUUGAUGACCUCGCAUAUCACAUCAUCGGGCCCCCUUGAUCUGCGAGACAGGAC